AUGGCCACUCCCAUUGAGCGUCAUUGCUUUUCACUGUGUAAAAAAAUUUAUAAAAAAAAGUUAUUGAAAACAUUUCCAUAUUAUUUUAUUUGUUAUUAACUUAAUUUAAUAAUAAAAUCAGCAACAACGGCGGCCAAUAAACAUGAAAUCUGGACUAAAUCAAAAAUGGCUGGUGUGUCGUAUAUGCCUCAAACAACCAAAGGAGGAGAUGCAAACCAUAUUCGACAAAAAUGCUGAGAAAGAUUUGACGCGUAUGAUAUUAGAAUGUGGUGGAGUGCCUAUAAAACAAUUCGAUCAUUAUCCCGAUAAGAUUUGUAAAAUCUGCUACAAAUACCUGCAAGUAGCAUAUAAAUUCCGUCAAAGUUGUCAAAGGUCUCACAAGCAUUUAAGCAAAUUCAUAGCUCCCGUGGAAGUUGAUGAUCCUAAAGAUACUUUGCUUUUUAAUGCAGCAGACGAAGAUACCAAUGAUUCGACACCAAAUACUGUGGCCUUUACGGAAGAAGGCUAUGUACUUGAAGAUGCCAAUGGUGAUGAUGUAUUAAUAAAAUUGGAACAGGAAACCACAGUCAAUGCUGCGUCAACUUCAGUAGCUGUCAAAGAGGAAUACUCGGUUCAAAUACAGGAGGAAGAUGAUGAUUUCGUGGAAAUCUAUGAACCUAUGACAGAGGAAGAGGAAAAGGAGGUCUUCCAAUUAGCAGAUGAAGCAUUUGAAAAUGAUAGUCUAACUGGCAGUCAAGACAAUAUAGAAUAUUUGGAAUUGGAAGAAGACCUUGAAUUACCAUCAUCAGACAAUGAUGAAUAUGUCCCAGUUGAAAAUCGUAAAACACAACGCAGUAGAGUUGUUAUGAAACGUACCAUUGUUAAGCCCUCGACCAGCCAACCUGCUACAAAGCGAAAACGUACCGGCACCCGCGAGAAAAAAUCAAAAGACACAGCCUACAUCUGUGAUUUCUGUGGUAACAAAUAUCCCUCCCAAGGCAGGUUGACGGAACACAUUAAGUUACACAAGGGUAUUAAGCCACAUGAGUGCGAAAUUUGUGGUUAUGCCUUUGCCCAGACACAACAAUUGGCGAGGCACAUGAAUACCCAUACCGGUAAUCGUCCCUAUAAAUGCAGUUAUUGUCCUGCGGCCUUUGCUGAUUUGUCUACAAGGAACAAACAUCAUCGCAUUCACACCAAUGAAAGGCCAUAUAUUUGUGAUGUUUGCGGCAAAUCGUUUACCUAUACAAAUACAUUGAAAUUCCAUAAAAUGAUACAUACCGGUGAAAAACCUUUUGUAUGUGAAAUUUGUGGCAAAGGCUUCCAACAAGCCUACAAAUUACGCAGUCACAAGAUGACCCACGAAAAGAAAGGAAUCAAAUUAAAUAUGACCCAAAUGGAAAAUAGCAAUACCAUGGAACAGCAAACGUAUCAGGAAAUGAGUGUAGAAACGGCAACACAUCAGCUUUUACAGAUUUAAACCAAACAAUUCUUACAAAGUGAAUAAAAAAAUAUUUUUCCUUUUA